AUGUUCUUUUCGGCCUCUAGUAUUUUCCUGGCAGCUGCCAGUCUAGUCUCAACGGUUGCUGCGGCGUCGUUGCAACAGGUUACAAACUUUGGCAAUAGUCCUAGUGGCGCGCAGAUGUAUAUUUACAUCCCAGAUAACGUAAAGACAAACCCCCCCAUUCUGGUCGGUAUUCAUUGGUGUACCGGAAGUGCACAAGCUUUCUACAGUGGAACUGGUUAUAAAACCCUAGCAGACACCUAUGGUUUUAUCGUCAUCUACCCAUCCGCCAUAACCACAGACGGCUGUUGGGAUGUCGCCUCUACGGCCAGCCUCACCCACAAUGGCGGUGGAGACUCCCUCGCCAUCAAGAACAUGGUCUUGUAUGCUAUCAGCACCUAUGGUGCUGAUGCAUCCCGUGUAUACGCUACCGGGCACAGCUCUGGAGGCAUGAUGACCAAUGUCAUGCUCGGUGCCUACCCAGAUAUCUUCAAAGCCGGCGCUGCGUUCGCGGGAGUUCCAUUCGGAUGUUUUGCAAGCGACACUUCGUCGUGGAGCACCGCAUGCGCAACAGGGCAGAUUACAAAGACACCAGAGGAGUGGGGUGCAUUGGUGAGGGCUGCGUAUCCAGGAUAUACGGGGACGAGGCCAAAGAUGCAACUGUGGCACGGAACAGAGGAUGAUACUUUGUACUUCCAUAACUUUGAGGAAGAGAUCAAACAGUGGACAAAUGUCCUGGGUGUUAGUCAGACCCCUACGAGCACGGAGAAUAAUUUUCUGGGAUAUAGUGGAUGGGUGCGGACGAAGUAUGGUACUCAGGUAGAGGCGAUUAAGGAGCAAGGCCAGCCGCAUAAUUUGAUAAUUGUGGCAGACCAGGUUGUCUCUUACUUUGGCCUUAAUGUCGCUAGCACGACGACGACUGCUACCCCUACUACCCCUACCAUAAUUGCUUCGUCAACAACAACCCCAACAGCAACAGCUACUUCGACAACAGGAGUCGCAAAGUGGGGUCAGUGUGGUGGAAUUGGCUACACAGGAUCAACGACCUGCAUCAGUAGCACGUGCACUGCUGUUAACGCGUAUUACAGUCAGUGCCUAUAG